GAACAUCUAAUACCAGUCGGGUUCAAGGCUCCUGAAAAUGAAGAAAAACACCGUCGUUGUCGGCAUCCUGGCACUUGCAACUGUUCAAGCGGCCAGUAUCCCGUCAUCAAACAAGGAAGCACCACUUCAAGUACCUCCUGGUCCCGCAUCGGAUAUUGCAGAACAUACGGAGGUUGAGAAACGUCCGCAUGAUGCUGAGAUUAAUAUCAAUGACGCCACUAUUUCAGAUGUUGUGAGGUCGAAACGUCAGUUUGGAGGUUUUGGAUUUGGAGGUUCAGGUUCCCAAGCUGCAGCAAACAGUUAUGGAGGAGGGUACGGCGGGGGAGGCUACCCCGGUGGAUUUGGUGGAUCUGCUUUUGGAAGCCCUGCUGGAUACCUUGGCGGUGGUGGUGGUGGAUUUGGUGGAAUAGGACCAUACGGAGGCAUGGGCCUAGGAUUUAGUGGAUCCAGUGCACAGAGCUCUUCAAGUGCUUUUGGAGCUGGUGGCGGCCUCUGGGGCUAAAAAAUUUGUUUAUAUGUAAACUAGAGACUAUACGUAACGUCUUCAAUAAUUCUUGGAUUCUUUGAUGCUAUAUGCGAGAUAUCUCGGUUAGAAGCACUGCCCCUCCAGGUAUGGACUUAUUUGUUGCAUAAGAUGAAUGACUGAAAAAUGUCCCGUCAUCUUUCAACGAUCUGUGGUUAUUCAGAAAUGUAAAUUAUACAUACAUGGAAAGUGUUAAUAGGUUUAUUAUUAUAUCAGAAUAUUUUCAUAAUGUCCAAAUGCAAUACCGUAUUUACCUGAAUAUGAUGUACAUUUUCACUAGAAGUAUCUUUAUGUAAAUUGAGUGCACGUUAUAAUCACGCAAGUUGAAAUCACCCCAUAAAUAAAAUCAAAUAUAAGAC